GAAAUGGAAUAAAUUUUCUAUUUCUACGUUUUCGCUACAUACAAAUUUCAACUCCUCUACUUUGAAAUGAAAUGAAUAAUUUUUUUGUAAAUGAAAAAUAAUGAAAUACUGUUUUUAUGAUUUAUAGUACUAGUAGUAUUGUAAUGUUUUGAUCUAAGAAGUUAUUUGGUUUUUAUCCUCUUCUCACUCCUGUGUCUCACUCUUAGCUUGCUUGUGAGGCCUGUCAAAAUAGUGAUUCAAAUUGGGUUAUUAUUACCACCUAUUUUAGAGUUUUGAUAGAAGAAAUGUAAGAUACUCAACAAGGAAACAAUGAACAAGAAAAAACAAUAACUUAAUUGAAAAACCUGCAAUCUUUCAAUCCAACAAGUAAAAUGGCUGAUACUCAGGUAGCCAAUAUUGUCAAUGAAAUACUGAGAGUAGAAGCAGUAGAAGAGGCAUUUAGUUGCUUCUUGGUUCACAAGCCUGACCAAGAAAAUGAAAGACUUUUCAUGUACCAAAAAAAAUUGUGUGCUGUUAUGACAACAUUGAGUGCAGAUUUACAAGAGUCUGCUAUCAAGCAGUACCUCAGUUUGACUGCUGUUUUAACCAAUAGAUAUAAGAUGAAACAGCUGCUCAUACUUUUGGAAAACCUGGUGAAUACCAAUAUUUUACAAGCAAGAAUGCUGUGUGACUGCAUUCUUACAAAUGAUAAAUUGAUUUAUCAAAAUGCUGAUUAUUGGAUAGAAUGUUUUAAUUUAAUAAGGAGAAUAAUUGGAGGGGUUGAUUACAAAGGAGUAAGGGAAAUAAUGAAAGGUUGUCGAGAAAAAGCUCAUACAUUACCAUUGAGGUUGAAUUCCAGCACAAUGCCACAGCUCAAAGCAUUGUAUAAUGUUAUUGAGUAUAUUUUUGAUCGAAAUGCAUCACUUCUGCCAGCCUACUUCAUAGUGACCGAAAUUCAGAAAGAUUAUCCAGACAACAGUCACUGGCCACAUUGGCAACUAUCCAAGUUGUUGACGAGCUUUGUCGAAAGUUUCAAGCCUUGUGCUCAAAUGGUGUCAAUAAUAGGACAUUCACAUAUGCUUCCUGUUGUUGAAUUCUCAGGUUAUGCAGAUCACUUAAUUAACCCAUGGAGGUUAGACCCAACCACAUUAAAAUUUUCAUUGAAAGGAAAUUUGCCAUAUGAUGAUGAGUUAUUAAAGCCACAGAUUUCAUUGUUGAGGCAUGUUCUACAGCAACCUUAUUCGAGAGACAUGAUGUGUUCCAUGCUGGGUUUACAAAAACAGCACAAGCAACGAUGUAUUGCUUUAGAAGACCAACUUGUAGAGCUUAUGAUUUUGCCUAUGGAAAGAAGUGAACAGGAAAAUGAAGAAGAUGAGAUGUCUUCAACACACUGGUGUUGGCUUCAUUUAUCAUCACAAGUGAUAUAUCUUAUUUUGAUUGGUUUCGCUUCGUUUCCUAAUAUUGUCAUGGGUCUGCACAACAAAUUGAUUGGACAUGACAUGAAAAAAGGUCGUGAUCAUUUAAUGUGGGUUCUCCUUCAGUUUAUAUCAGGCAGUAUACAGAGGAAUCCAUUGUCUAAUUUCUUGCCUAUAAUCAAGUUGCACGAACUAUUGUACCCUGAAAAAGACCCUUUGCCUGUCCCAGAUUGUGCUAAAGCACACUGCACACAUCAGAUGGCAGUUGUAUGCAUAUGGAUGCAUUUACUUAGGAAAGCAGAAACAGAACAUAAAACUAUGACAAUGCCUCCAAAUUUGAAAGUUCAGUAUGAGUUUCUUCAGCACCUGAUGACAUCCAAUACUACUCCUACAUUGAUGGGAUCCGACUAUCGCAUUGCUUUGCUAUGUAAUGCGUAUUCGACUAAUAAUGAAUACUUUGCAAGGCCAAUGGGAAUCAUUAUAGAGUCGCUAUUUGGACCACAAAAGCCAUUGCCGAACGGGAAUCCUACGCCUCCACUGCCGACCGUUCCUUUGUCUAUGUGUAUACUUGACAGUUUGACUCUGCACUGCAAGAUGUCCUUGAUCCAUUCUAUUGUGACGCAUGUGGCUAAACUGGCUCAAAAUAAAACCAACUUGCCUGGCAGUACCAUGAUGACGCCAGCAUUAGUGGAAACAUACAGCCGUUUACUAGUAUAUACAGAAAUUGAGUCCCUAGGAAUUAAAGGAUUUAUACAUCAGCUGUUGCCCACUGUGUUCAAGUCUCAUGCAUGGGGCAUCCUACACAAUCUUUUGGACAUGUUCUCGUACCGGAUCCACCACAUUCAGCCGCAUUACAGGGUGACUCUGUUAUCCAAUAUACAUUCAUUAGCAGCUUAUCCACAAGCAAAUCAGACACAAUUGCAGCUUUGUUUCGAAAGUACAGCGCUUCGCCUGAUCACGAGCCUGGGGAGUUCCGGCGUACAGCUCCAGAUGUCGAGAGUGGUUUCGGAGCCCAAAUCACUGGUGUCUGCUGAGAGCGAGGAGCUUAACCGAGUGCUUGUCUUGACUCUAGCCCGCGGAAUCUACAUGACAGGCGCAGGUAGCGACAACGUGGCGAUGAAGGAGCUGCUGUCGACGAUCAUGACGAAUACGCCGCACAUGUGGUCGCAGCACACCUUGCAAUGCUUCCCCCCGGUGCUCGUCGAGUUCUUCGCACAGAAUCCGGCCCCGAAAGAGAACAAACAGCUGCUGAAAAAGUCGGUGGACGAAGAGUAUCGCAAGUGGACGUCGAUGGCGAACGACAACGACAUUAUAUCGCACUUCUCCGUGCCCGGCACGCCGCUGUUUCUCUGCCUGCUGUGGAAGAUGAUCUUCGAGACAAACAGGAUCAAUCCUAUUGCUUUCAAGAUCUUGGAGCGGAUUGGAGCGCGCGCGUUGUCCGCACACUUGCGCAAGUUCUGCGACUACCUCGUGUUCGAAGUGACCAAUCCGGCCGGUGGACACAUCAACAAGUGCGUCGACGCCAUCAACGACAUCAUUUGGAAGUACAACAUUGUCACCAUUGACCGACUUGUCUUGUGCUUGGUUCUUCGUCCUAACCCUGAUGCCAACGAGAGUCAAGUGUGUCUCUACAUCAUCCAAUUAUUGUUGCUGAAAGGCUCCGAACUGAGGAACCGUGCACAAGAUUUUGUAAAAGAAAACUCGCCUGAGCACUGGAAACAGAAUAAUUGGUACGACAAACAUUUAGCAUUUCAUAGAAAGUAUCCAGAGAAGUUCUCGCCGGAGGAAGGUAGCGGCAACGCGUACGGCGGCCCCAUUCCCGUGUAUCUCAGCAACGUGUGUCUGCGGUUCAUUCCAGUGCUGGACAUCGUAGUGCACCGCCAUUUGGAGAUCCCGCAGGUCAGCAAAAACCUGGAGCAGCUCUUGGAACAUCUGGGAUAUCUUUACAAAUUCCAUGACCGUCCCGUAACAUUCCUUUACAAUACAUUACAUUACUACGAGUCUAAACUCAGGGACAAGCCGCUGUUGAAGCGAAAGUUGGUGAAUGCUGUAUUAGGUUCUCUGAAGGAUGUGAGGCCCGCCGGCUGGGCCACUACGGAGGCUUUCCAGGCCUACAUGGCGAAAACUGACACGGACGCUACGGCCUGGGCGCCGGAUUUGAAUUAUUAUCUGAGCCUUGUCAACAGAAUGGUUGACACCAUGACUGGCAAUUCUCACUUUCCAAACACAGACUGGCGAUUCAACGAGUAUCCCAACCCAUCAGCGCAUGCGUUAUACGUGACUUGCGUAGAACUGAUUUCGCUGCCGCUCGCGCCCAAUGUCGUCGCGAACAACCUCCUCGACGUCGUCACCAAGGGAUUUGUGGUCAUACCAGCAGCCAAAAUUCAGCUUUGGAUCAACGCGAUAGGGCUCAUAAUGGCCGCUCUCCCUGAUCCCUAUUGGACCGUGUUGCAUGACAGGCUGUUGGAGUUGAUGACACAUAGUGACAUGACCGACUGGCAGUUCCCGUAUACGCCGUUCCAGUUAUUCAAUUUGUCGACAACGAAAGACGCGAUGCUGGAGAAUAAGUACAGUCUUGCCUUGGCGCUUGCGCAUGCAGUGUGGUACCACGCCGGCGCUGGACAGAUUAUGCAAGUGCCAGUAUUCGUGAAAGAGAAACUAUCGUCUGAGAUCCACAGCGAAACACAGCUGUUGUUCCUGUGCCACCUGGUGGGCCCGUUCCUGCAGCGCUUCAACUCGGACAUGUCGCGCACGGUCAUGGACCUGACCGUGACGCUAUACGAGCUGCUCGCGCACAUCGACAAGACGCAGCCGCACAUGCAACACAUCGACCCGCUCUGCGAUUUGCUUUACCACAUAAAGUACAUGUUCGUCGGCGACACAUUGAAGAACGAAGUGGAGAGUGUGAUCCGCAAGCUGCGGCCAGCUCUGCAGAUGCGGCUUCGUUUCAUCACACACUUGAACGUCGAGCAAAUCAACACCGCCUAGCAGAAUGACUACUACAGCUACACGCCUUCCAGCUCCAGUUCGAGCUCGGAGUAAAGGCGAAGCUGUAGUAUGAUUUCAUAUUAUCAAGAAUUUUGAUUCUUAAAUCAAAUAUUAAAACGCAGUUUUGCAGCCGGAAGAUGCAAAAGGAGUGGCUUUCUGUUUUGUAUUAUCGUUUAAGUGUUAGUGUGAUAGCAAAAGUGCGGUUUUAUGUUAUGUACUUGAUAACUUUGUUUUGGUGUCCGUGGCGACUUCCUUGAACUAGACUAUAGUUGAGUGUGAUGUGUAAAAACUAUGUUAUUUGAUAUAAUAUUAAGGUUAUGAAUUCCAUUAUCAUACGUGUUCACAUUGAUUGUGCGGUUGUAUGCUUCCUUAUAGGUUAUUGGAUGUGUAGGUAUAUUGGUACUUUGGAAUUCUCAAAAUUGAUUACCUCUUACUUACUCUACAUUAACAUUCAUACAUUUAUUUAAUAGAUACCAUAAGUAAUAAUUGCAGGUUAAGAAAUAAUAUUUUUCUAAAUGUACAAAUCCGUAUAGUUAAAUAGUAAUAAAAAAACAUCGCGCUGUCGGGACUGUAUAAUAUAGUAUUGUAUAAUAAUGCUAUGGUACAAUCCGAAUUGUUUAGAAUAGGUGGAUUAUAGGUGGCUUUGAAAUAGCUGCUAGUGGGUGCGCACGACCCGAAGCGAUGUUUCUCAGAGCGUUUCGGCCGUGCUGUCAAUUUUACAACUUUAUAAAUUUUAACAAAGACAAAAGUUUUACUAUCUGACUUUAAAGUAAUUCACUGUAUCCCAAUUGGUACUGUAUUGUGGUAAAAUGAUUUUAUUAUAAGAUUUUAUUUAUGAAGCUAUCUUCAACUGAACUGAAAUAUGUAACACGUCUAGUUUGGAUGACAAUGCAUUUUACUAUGAUAUGCAUAACCUAAUGAGGUGGUUCUUAAGAGCCUUUCGACGGCUGCGAUCGAGCUGUCAUCACAUUUUUUAUAUUUUAUUUAGUUCUACUAUCUGACUUUAUAAUAUCUAAUCUGUUCUGUGGUAAUGUCAAUUUUAUGAAUGGUUGAUUUUGGAAAUUGUUCCUUCCGCAAGAAAAUUGACGAAUCGUAGUGACAGCCCUGCCGCAGCUGUCGAAAUACUGCGAAUCACCCGAUAGUGCAUCCAAAAUCGUCUCACGACUUUAGCCCGUGCUGGGUACACGGAUUAAAAACUUUAUGAAUUCUACUAAUAUCAUAAAUUAAGGAUGUAUGUAGGUAUAUGUGUGUAUGUUUGUUACUCUUUCACGCAGAAUCUACUAGACGGGUUGUUAUGAAAUUUGGUACACGGGUAAAAUAUAACUUUGAAUAAAACAUAGGGUACUUUUUAUCCCGAAACUCCCACGUAGCGUAACCCUGGAGCUAGUAAGACAAUAUAUAUAUUUGACGGGUUGUGUGUGAACGGUUGUCCUGCUCGGUGGCGCAGUGGCGCAAUUUGGGUGUUUCUCUAUUUAAGCGUAAUUUAUGUAUUAUUUUAAUUAACAUAAUAUUUGAUAGAAAUCUAUAUGUAUUAUUUUAAUUCAUAAUAUCUCAGAAGUCGAUAAAGUUAAGUAAACAUCAUAUUUGUAUGUAGUUAAUACUCGUAGGAAAUAACUGUACAUCACAUGGGACAGUAAACCUGAAUCUUACUAGGGUUGGUUAAGAGGCUACCUUUGUUUUAAUGGUCACUUUAAAUUUAAUUGUUUUAGAAUUAAAUUGAUUUAAAUAUACAUUUCUAAAUUAUAUAUUAAAAAUCCUCAAUCGAAAUAUCGUUCUUAAAUCUCAAAAUGAUAUGUUUAAAAAAAUAUUUUAUAUCAGAUUGAAAGUCAUAACUCUGGUAGAAUUUUGAUUGAGCAAGAUUUUUUCAUUCACUACAAAGCUAAAUACUACUUAAUGUAGUACUUAAUGAUGGAAUUUUAAUUUAAUAUUGUGGUUUUUUUAAAUGUCUAUAUUUAAUUUUAGUUAUCUAUACAAUUAUUAUAAAGAGGUAAGCAUUUGUGACUUUGUUUAUUUGAGGCGGGUAAUCUUUGAAACUGCCGAACCGAUUUCAAAAAUUAUUUGAAAAUUGCUAUAGGCUAUACUUCAUCUCAAAAUUGAUUCCCACGGGAGUGAAGCCCCGGGCAACGUCUAGUUAAUGAUUUUAAAACAUAAACUAACACAAUGAGUUACAAAAUAUUUUUUCAGAGGGUGCGACGUCAUAUGUAUUAAUUAAGUAGUUCUUUGUUUGAUAAAGUUAAAAAAUAUAGUGAUUUAUAGAUAAAACCGAAAAAUAAUAGAUGUGAUGAAACUACUAAAUUAACCUUUUGUUUUUCAAGUUUAAAUAUUGAUAACGUUUGCUUGGCAUUAUAGAUGAGGUACUAAAAUUUCAUAUGACAAAAGAAUAUUGGAGAAGGAGAAAGAUUUUUAUGACAGUAGUAUAAUUUUAAGAAUUUAUAUAAUAAGUAUGAUGGAGUACUUGUACCAAAUGAGAAGUGAAUAAAUAAAUAAUAAUUAUUAAAUAUUUUGUAGCUCACUCAAUGGUUAUUAUGAUUUAUAAUAAGGUUUGAAUAUAUUAUGUUCAUACAUCUCAGGAGAUUUUUCGAUAACGGAUUAAUUCGGAAUUAGAAUUAGUUUAGAAAUAGCAAAACAUCAACACAAAAAUAAAUUAGGUAAUUUGUUUAAUUAUUUGUGUGAUUUAAGAAUAUUAUCGUUUUUAUCUCGUAUAAAUAAAAUUUAUUAUAUUUACAAUUCAGUACAUAGUAAUAUUUUAAAUAAAUUAAGUUUAAUAUGAAUUAAAACACUAUGAAUUAUAAUAUUCAAUAUGAAGUCAUGUAAAAUAUCAAUUCAACAAAAUAAAUUGUUUUCUUUUUUAUGUGAGACAGAUGAAAGUUACGAUAUAGAAUGUGUCACAUUUAAACUAAGAUUUGUGUGUUUAAAAGGUUACAAUAAAAUACUACCCUACUAUUUUAAAUGAUGCGUAAAUAUACGGUUGUCGAUUUGUCUAGUUUGUUGUGGAACAAAAAGCAUUUUAUAUUUUUUAUUUCCAUAAGUGCUCUACACGUGCGUGUAAUUCGGACUUAGUCAUCGUUCUUACCUUACUGCUUUGGUCAACCAACAUCGUAUUAUUUCUUUAGGUUCAAAAUAUCCAACUGCCUGUUAUUAAUAAAAUCCAAAAAAUUAAUAUUUUUUUAUUUAGUUGUAAAUAUGAUUGCUAAUAAACAUGCGUAAAUUUGUCAGUUUAGCAACAGCACCAUAGUAUGUUUUACAACUGUAUGUAAUUAGAUACAUAUUCAUAUUUAUGAGCCUGUUGUAUUAAAACACAAUCAAACAUUUACAUUAGAAUUAUUUGUGAUACUAGUAGACGAAUGUUAAUUGAUGAUCAACAAUAUAAUAACAAUUAAAUAUAUAUCGUUCUUAUGUA